AUGUCCUCCAUUCCCCCACCCCCACCAGAGCGUGGACAGUGGCAACGUGCAACCCAGCCUGUCUCCUGGGGCCAGGCAGCCAAGUCCAGCAGGGGAGUUUCCAUGAGCGGAGAGCCCACGCUGGGGGACUGGGGUGGGGAGCAGGAAAGCCACAAAGCCCUCUCUGUGAUCCCGCGGGCUCUUCCUGAGCGCUGCCACCCCAGAAUCCCCAACCCCAUACCUAAGUUUUAUUGUAACUACUUCGAUAUGUAUCUUACCCAUGUCUCUCCAUCUGUGAGAAAGACACACUGCAGUGGUCAGAAACACAAAGAGAACGUGAAGGACUAUUACCAGAAAUGGAUGGAAGAGCAGGCCCAGAGCCUGAUUGACAAAACAAUGGUUGCAUUUCACCAGGUAAAGAUACCUCCAGCUCCAUUCUCUGCUCCUCCUCCUGCAGGGGCCAUGAUCCCACCUCCUCCCAGUCUCCCAGGUCCUCCUGGCCCUGGCAUGAUGCCUGGGCCUCCAAUGAUGAGACCUCCUGCUCGCCCUAUGAUGGUGCCCACUCAGCCUGGCAUGACUCGGCCAGACAGGGAAGAGCAGAAAGGCUCUUUAUCAGUUUUGUAUGUCUUGUUCUGUUUCACCAGGAGGUCACCGUGCUGA